AGCCAGCUGAGAGGACAGGGAAAAGUUGUGAGGUAGCCGGAGGGACGGGUAGGGAGAAGAGUCAGCAUCAGCAGGGCUCUGCUGAGGAGGACUGAGAGCAGCCACUUUCCCCCUCCACUCUCUGUGUCUCUAUCUGUGUCUCUGUUUGUCUCCCCCCCUCUCCUCUCUCCUCUAAUUGUAUCCUGUCCAUGCUGCCGAUGCAAUGUGGCUGUCUCUGCAGUGAAAGUACUGGCUGCUGCUGGAUUCUCCUUGAGUGAACCCUGACUGUGCGCAGUAAGCGUUUGCCGCUCCGCCUGCUGUCCUGUUCGCACUGACUCAGCUGUGCAGGCAGCCGGGCCGGCCUCUGAGGGGAAAACACCGGCUGCAGGAGCAGUCCACAGGAGUGCUGAGGGGGCUGCCAGUCAGGCUCAUCUCCCCCUCCCGGGACUAUACAGUACUGUAGGUGCAUCAUUGGAACGUGCCUCCUUUUGGGUCAAACAAUCCAGAAAGCAGCUCCAGAUUGAAUCAAGUCUCAGUUGAGGCUAAAGGAUAUUUUGCUGUCCGGAGCUCGGGCUGGAUCCUGCUGCUGCUGCAGUCUUUUUUUUGGAUCACAUCUGGCGGUCAUGGAGGUCCAGUGGGUUGGGGUUGAAUCCCCGAGGCUGGGCCCUCCGCAAAGAGCCGUCGGCGUGAUAUUCUUAAUCCUUCUUGGCGUGUGGUCUGCUCAGGCGCUUGAGAUGUCUGUGGGGAAGAUUAACCAACUGGAGGCGGUGAAUGGCAGCACGGUCUUGCUGCCCUGCACAUAUGCCAGCUGUAUCGGAAUUAAGAACCUCUACUUCAACUGGCAAUUCAACAACAACGGUACCAUGCAGAAGGUGUGUGAAUCGGUGAUUAAGGAUGAGGGCGUGGUGCCAGAUGUGACAAUAUUUCGAGAGCGGGUGGAGUUUAUUGGGAUGAAUAAUCACAACAAUGUCUCCAUCCUGCUGUGGAACAUCACCUUCGAGGAUGGUGGCAAGUACACUUGUUAUGGAAGCAACCCCAAAGAGAAGGGCAGGAACCAUAGCGCCAUCUUCACCCUGAUCGUGGUGGACGAGUUGAGGGUGGUGGACAACACGCUGGCCACUAUGAUAGCCUCAGCUGUGGGCGGAGCCAUUGCACUGUUAAUGGGAUUCAUGCUGCUUAAGAACUUCACUCUAUUUGUUCUUUCCAAACUUGAAGAGAAAAAUAAGGAGUGCCUUGUAACUUCAUCAGGGAUCGACAACACAGAAAACGGCCUCUCAGGAUCCAAAGCUGAUUCAAAACCGACACCAAAAAAGAAAUGAGAAAGUGCAUGUGAACACAAACAUAUGGGUACUCGUAUUUAUAUACCUUCUUUGCAUAUAUUUGUAUAUGCACAUGUCUUUGCACACAUGUCCAAUCAUUAUGUUCAUGUUGAGGUACUCAAAUCUCUGCCUGGCUGUGGCCUUCAAAGAAAAUGAAUAUACAUGUACACAUAACUGUGCAGAUGAUAUACAACUGAAGAAUGUGCAAAUAAUGAGUUCACUGAUAAUGAUUUAAAAUAUGCAUACAAAUGUGGAAGAAAGUAUAAUUGCACCUGCCAGAGACACUUCAGAUUGUCAUUUUUCAGUGUGUUUGUCUUCUAUAUUUACAUCUCUUUUCCCAAAUGUACACUGUCUUAGUGUUUCAGCGAGCUCACUAUACCUUAAACAUGCGAAAGAAGGAGGAGAUUUUAAUUAUUGGCGGAUAUCUGGUAAAUCUAAUUAUUAUUAUUUCUACUGGAACAGUCGCAAUCUGAUGCAUUCUUAAAGCAAGACAAACAAACUGAAUGUGUACUGGUAUUUAUGGUUUUGUGUUGACCAUUAGAUAUUUGUCAAAUACCACAUUGGUAUUACACCCAAUAAGGUACAGAAAGGCCUUAAAAAGAGCAUUUAGAGUACUUGGGGGCUGCUUGUACUGCUUGAAAAUGAGUUUUAAUUUUAGGGGUUAUACUGUGAGUAUAAAUUCAGUGAAAGCAUUCAUGUUUGAGAUCAGUUCAAGCUAUGAGUCCCUAGUAGAUGGUUUCUAUUUAAACUCAAUAUAUUAAAAUCCCAUUAUGUGCACAUUUUUGUAAAUAAUGAGGAUGUUUGUACAAAUUUGUGUGUACAUGUUAUUCCCAACAAUGUGUUACGUAGUUGUAUAUCAUGUUUGCAUGGUCGCACCCUUUUUCAAGUUAUUUGCAGCCCUUGGUAUGUCAGUGAUUCUCUGCGGCCACAGCCAGAGUACAUAACAAAUUGACUGUUUUCCAUUCAAAGGGUAAACAAAAACAAUGUUUUUAAGUGCUUGAAACAGGGAUUAAUGCAAUGUAGUUACAGCUGGGCUGAAUACCUUUUCAGAAGAAGCAAAGUAACCCUUCAGUUAUAGAACCAACUCAAUCAAAUUGAGUUGUUGAAUUUACAGUGUUGUCCAAUCAUUUCAAACAGUCCUAUAUCACAAGUACUGGUCGACUUGUAACUACUUUCCACAGAACAGCUACUGUUUUUGUCUUAAUUAUUCCAACAAUUUUUAAACAAACUGAAUUUGAAAAAAUGAAUAAAAAGGAUUGCUUACAACAGUGGUUCUCAACUGGUCUAGCCUCAGGACCCGCCAACACCUCCUUGAUGAAAAAUCUUGACCCAAAGUUUCUAAAAUUUUCAACCUCUCAGAUUUAUUUAAUGAAAAAUAGGUUUGGACCUCAAAUGGAACAAAAUGUGACAAACAUGUUUUAAAUGUGCAUCAUGUAAUUUAGUGCAUCAAUCAUUUAAACAGUUUUUAUUCCAGGCACAAAUUCAUGACCCACUGAAAACCGCUUUGCGACCCAUAUUUGUGUCCCAAUCCACCAGUUGAGAACCACAGAUUUAAAGAAUACAAGUGUAUAAGGAUUCAGCCCAGCUUUUCAUGCUGUAUCUUCUCUUUGCUUGAUAUAAACACAGGUGCCUGUUAGUGCUUCUCUGCUCCUCUGCCAGCGUGGACGACUACAUACUGCAGAACAGUUUGCAAAACUCAGCAAACAGUAAUAACCCAACAAGCUUCUCAGCUCAAAUGAUAGACGAUCCCCUGGAACUUGCCCCCUAAACUCCCCCCUUAGAAAAUGUAUGACCCUCAGAUGAUGCUGCUUUUAAGACAAAUAACCAACGCAUUUAAAGCAUGUGCUACAUGGGAUGGGACACACUUUAGACACAAUGCUUGAAAAAAAGAAAAACACUUUUUGGGGAAAAAUAAAUAUGUCUUGAUACUAACACUGGUAGUGUCAGCUCAGAGGUCAACUGUAAAUUCCAUUUCUAUACCAUACUAAUUUCAUCGUGCUAACCCUGGCUUAUGUUUAGCACUAUUUAGUGAUGCAGCCCCAGAUACUGUUAGCCUGGAUCAGACUCAACAUGUUCCCUUUGCUUAGUACGUGCCUGUUGAUGUAAAUGGCUAACAUAGGACAAAUAUUCAUUCACCCAGUCUUGCAAUAAAAAUCUUUUCCAGCUGCCAUGCAGUGAAACGAUAAACCUGGUGGACCUGCCCAUGCAUACAGUAGGUGACACAUAAGAAUGGGAUUGGGCCUCAGGCAGCAGGCUGAGUAUGGGGGCUGUUGUUCAACUUUAACUCCAUCCAAGCUGGCAAUAAGACAGAUAAGAUAAGUGAUACUGUCAGUGGAUCCCACUGACUGAAAGUGCCAAACAGGAAGCAGCUGUGCUGGGUAUCACAAAAAGAUGAUUGUAUCUGCACCAAACUCAAAUAGUGAAAUACAAAUUCACCUGUUUUACAAAAUACAACUGUUGCACAUUCAAGCCUCUGAAUGUCUGGCUUUAAAAAGAAAUACCUCUGGAGAGUUGUACAGGUGUAAACACUGUGUAAAGCUGUAUAAACGUACCUCUCAGUUCCUGCAGGUGUUGAAUGAGUGCUAUGUACAGUGAAGUAUGAAUUUCUGCUAAUUUUCUGAAGUCUUUGUUGUUAAUGUUAAUAAUAAUGUGCCUCUGCAUUUAAGUGACUUUAGUCUUUAGUCGCUGGCUUAAAGCAAUACCAUAGAGGACGUUUGUUGGGCACUUUAAACAGAUGUUUAUUUUUGUGAAUGUAUAAUCCAAAGCAGUGUAGGUUGAUGAGAAAAAACCAAAAUGCUAACAUGGAGGUUUGAUGGAGUGUUUUGGUUUGAAAGGUCACAGGAAAAGGAUAGUAUUUGUUUCUGAAUGUGAUGCGAGUCUUGUUGAAACAUAAUUAUAAAGUGGGGCAUUCGUAUUAAAUCAAUUAUUAACUAUUUUUUUCAUUGUUGCAGUGAGUCAGGCGAGAAUUUGAUACCAAUCAAUCUCUGUCUUCCUGUAAACAAAGCUUAGCUUAGCUUAGCUUAAAGACUGGAACAGCUUGCCUAGCUCUAUCUAAGAUCUACCUUAAGGUGUUGGUAUAUCAAAUAUUUAUUUGCCUCUUUUGGGUAAAGCUGGGGUAGUAUACUUCCCUUGGCUACCAGUAUUUAUGCUAAGCUAGGCUAACUGUUUUCUAGCCCCAGCUCCAAAUUAAAUAAAUUAGAGUUUUCUUCUUCUCAUUCAAAUCUCAGCAAAAGAGAAAUUUAAAUUCCUUUCAGAAAAAUUUGGAAAUAUUUCUUUGGGAAAAAUCAAUAGACAAUAAAUUCAGUUUUAAGAAGAAUGACAGAGGACAAACAUUUCUGAAAAUGAUGUGAUACAUAGAAAUUAUUGAUAUAUUUGAAUGACUGAAGACCAUGAACGUUAAUGAUAGCCUAUAUGUUUAGUUUGAUUUCAAAAUGUCUGAGUGUACAGGGGUUGAUCCCUGUCAGUUGUGGAAUAAUAAGACCUGAUUUGUCUGGUUUACCAUCUAAUUGUUUCAAUGAACUGAGAAAAUGAAGCUUUUGGAGAAAGACCGGAUUGUUUCAGCAAGGGCCUUAUGAUGAAAAGCAACUCUAUGCAAACAACAGAAGUGAAUCCUCUGACAGUGUUUCAUACUGCACCUUUGAGUUUCCACUGUGACAGUUCUGUGAGCAAUACAACAGUGCUGGAUCAGGGAGGUCUGAUGAUGGGAUGCAGGUUGAAUGGGGAACAUUCAGAGGGGAGCAUGGACUGGACUGGAGCCCCCCGUACUCAACCAGACCCUGCAGAGUGUUAAGACUCACAAAGUCAUUCUCCACUGCUGCUCUCUGCACACAAAUAUACAGCUAUAAAGCUCUGGCUCGCUCUCAAAUGAUGUCUCCGUUUUCAACCCCUCAUCUGUGCACAUCAGCUCUUGAUCUCUUUAAUAUAGACACAUGAAAUCUAAUAAAGUUUUAAAUAAAA